CUCCAGGUUGCUUCGGUAACCUGGGCACGAGGACAUCACCCCCGAAAACGAUGGGGUGUGUCUCCACGCUGACAGGGUGCGGUUGUGCCUUCUCCCUCUCAGCAAUUAAACCUCAGAUUUCCGACACCACUUGAAGGCAGCAGCAGCACGAUUCGCCUGCGAGCCAAUGGGAGCGGUGACUUUUUCAAGAUGACCAAUCAGCGGCGUUUACGUCUUACGGAGGCAAUAUGUGUCAAACGGCCCGCCCUGACGUUGCUCAUUGAAGAAGAAGACGGACGGUAUCGGCAUACCAUCCACUGAAGAGAUUCAAUCAUGUCUACCAAACUUUGCAAGCUGUUUGUCGGCGGACUGAACGUGGAGACGACAGAAGAUGGCGUCCGCAAGUAUUUCGAGCAGUUUGGCACGCUUAACGACUGCGUGGUGGUCAUGAACCAGACGCUCGGCCGGUCCCGCUGUUUCGGCUUUAUCACCUACUCGACUCCGCAGGAGGCCGACGCAGCAAUGGCGGCUAACCCACAUGUCGUCGAAGGCCACGACGUGGAAUUGAAAAGGGCCAUAGCGCGAGAAGACGCCAACAACCCGGAUAUUCUCGCCAACGUUAAAAAGAUUUUCGUCGGCGGCGUGAAAGACCACAUCGAGGCCGACAACCUGACCGAGUACUUCUCCCAGUUCGGCGUGGUGGAGAAGGCCGAGAUCAUCUCCGACAAGCAGACCGGCAGGAAGCGCGGCUUCGGCUUUGUCUUCUUCGAGGACACCGACUCCGCCACCAAAGCGGUGCUGACCAAGUACCACACCAUCAGCGGGAACAAAGUGGAGGUGAAGAAGGCUCUGACCAAGCAGGAGAUGUCCAACGGCGGGCGAGGAGGGAGAGGUCGCGGAAGGGGGAUGCAAAGCUUUAGCGGCGGAAGAGGCGGCGGAGGCUACAGCGGCUACAGUGGCGGCGGCGGCUACAACAACAACGGCGGCGGCGGCUACGGUGGAGGCGGAGGAUACGGCGGCAACGGCGGAGGUUACGGCUACGGCGGAGGAUACGGUGGAUAUGGAGGAGGAGGCUACGAAGAGGGAGGCUACGACAACACGAUGGGGGGUGGGUACAGUAACGGUGACUUUGGGGAAGGCUACGGACAGCAGAACUCCAGCUAUGGUGCAGUGAAGGGGGGCAACUAUUCCUACCGGACCCCGGCUCCAUACAACAGAGGCGGCGGUGGAGGUGGCUACGGCCGAGGAGGUGGCGGUGGAUUCAGCGGUGGCUAUUAGGGCCCCCCACCAGUUCUUGUGAUGUUCAUGGGGUAAAUUCUGAUUUACAGCGAACUUUACACACACGCACGCACACACACACACACACAUUACACACGCCUGGGUGAGGGGUCUUUGUUGAAUUCAGUCAAGGGAGCAGUGCCCAUCACCCACACAGAAUCAAUGAGACUGUCCUGGAUCCUGGCUCCCCCGGACCCCAUCUGUCCUCUUAUUCCACACAUUAUGGACUUUACUACUAAGAAUUGUACUUUUUGUUAUGUAGGGGAGGGAAAGGGGGGGGGAAUACUUUCUUUGAACCAUUUGUAAAACCGUAUCAAUUUCAGUCACUGCUUCUCAACUCGGAAUUGAGUUUGUUUGUCUUGCAAACCAGCCAGAUGUGUCUGUUAUUUUUGCAUCAUGAACUCAGGGUUUUAAGUGAUGUUGGUGGCAGUGUCAGGAGUCAUGGGACUCUAUUGCUCGAGUUUCUUGAUCCUAAACACUAUCGUGACAAAAGUGUUUUUUGGAGAGAAAAGUCACGGACUGUUUUUGUUAUCUGUAAAUUUACAUUUUCCACCCGUCCCAUAACAGGCUUUUGUUUAGAUUAAACUGUUUUUGAAAUCCAUGUUCACCCUUAUGUUUGAUUCUGCUUUUAUUAAAGUUUUUAAUGUUUUGAAACUCUA